CUGGGCCUCCUUUUUACUCCUCUUUGCUCCUCUUUCUUCUCAUCAGACUGAAGCAGGGUCAGGCCUGGCUCAGUCUAACGCUGGUUAAAACGGGAGACGUUCAGCUGGAGUUACCGGGUCGAUGUGAACAAAGCUGCUAAAGAGCCGUUGAAUUAAUCGGGGACAUCCCGACUCCACCCUGUGCCGGCAUUUUGGGGGUUUUAGGCACCUGAGCUUUGUCGUCAAUCAAGUUUUUGGCCUGAAUGCCCCAAGAUUACCCUCAGGCUGUAGUUCCUCCUCUGGCCUGCAGGGCAGCAGCAGAGAGCAGCGUCCGGCCGUUGGACAGACCGAGCCUCGGCAUGAGCGACUUCUGGCACAAGAUGGGCUGCUGCGUGGUAGCUAAACCACCGCCGAAGAAGAAGAGGAGGAAGAUUGAUCGCAGCAUGAUCGGAGAACCGACUAACUUCAUCCACCUCACACACAUCGGCUCUGGAGAGAUGGCAGAAGGCCUGCAGCCGUCUGGGUCGGUCCAGGAGCAGAUGAGGUCCAAAGGCCCAAACAUGAACGGCAGGAACAGCCUGUUAUAGCCGGAGUGUAUGACAUCGACCCAGACCAGCUGACCGAACUCUUUCUUCUCCACACUGAGCCUCGCCUCUAGCACUUGACUGCCAGCCAGGUGCUUUGACUCCCUCCUCCACCCUACUGAAGUGCCCUUGUGCAAAGCGCUGAACCCCUAACACCUACAGGAGGCACUAGCCUGACCAGAUAUAACUGUGGAUUUUUUUUACUCACAAAGACUGAUAAUCAGUUCCCACCUUUGAAGAAACCAGAAUAAAACUAAUAUUUUUGGUCACUACAGGUUUCCCUGUCAGUAUUAACGUCAUUAGACUCCAUUUCCCAGCAUCCAUUUCAAUUUUUUCAGUAUCAAACAAAUGACAGGAUGUCUGUAUUUAUGAAAGAAAAAGUUUUCUGGCUCCAAAGUGUUCGAUUUAAGAUUUCACGUGGACGUUUUUUGUGGAGUGUUUUUUACUGGACCUCAUUUCGAGGAUGGCCCGUUGUUUAGUAUUCAGCUCCUGAAGGAUCAUUACACCUUCUGGGGCUUCGUCAGCAGAUUCUGAACCGUGCGUAUGUUCAGGGAUCACGUGUCCAAAGUGAUUACAUCACUGGAUGCCGUCUCCCAGGACGCUGCUGGUGCUGAAUUUUAAAGGACUCUUGCUUUUAGGAGACGGGAAAGUCCCAUGAAUCCCUGCUACACUGGACUGCACUGUGUGUGCUUGUGCUCUUACAUGUCUAUCUUUGUGGAGACCUGUGUGAUUGUUGGAUCAUGUGAGGACAUGCCUGCAGAUUGAGAUUUGUUGUUCAGGUUGUGUCAUGGAGGGUCCUCACAACAAUAGAAAUCCAGACAUGCAGGACUGGACCCACAGUCCUAAACCUCCACUAGAAAAACACCAAAAAUUAUCAUUAUUAUUAUUAUUAUUCAGAAAGUUCUUUGUUUUUAUUUUUAACGCUUUUUAAAUUCUUCAUCCAAUUACUGUGUUACUCAAACUGUGGUUCAGGGACCCCAAACGGGGCUUCAGAUGAGAUAUUUUAGCUCCCUGUUUUUAGCGCACUGCUUGAAAGGCCUGUUGUAAGCUAAGGUGUCACAGUUAUUACUGCUUUAAACGUGUGUAAUCUUCUGCUGUUCCUGAUUGGCUGUCUCACAUCUGCUCAGCUGUUAUCCAGAUGUUCAGGUUGAUCUCAGCUCACAAACCAAAUGUGUUUAAUGUUGUCUUGAAAAAGAUCAUUUUGUAGUUUUUGAAACAUCUGCUGAUAAAAACUGCUUCGUGUAAGUUUCACUGCAGCUCUUCUGUCACAGCUGAAGAUUCGUCCACGUUGUAUUUAUUUUUGCAAAUCACACUAACGUACAGGUUGGUCCAGCUGUUCCCAGCUCUGUGUGCACCAGCCAGUCCUGUUUCACAUCCAGUUAUUAAAUGUGUUUGCCAGUAAGAGCCAGCACUGAUUGUUUCUCCAAACACGCACACAAACGCAGCACAGUCAUGACAGUGAGCCACAUCUGAUUGGUCUGUUUAUUCGAGUCGCGCCGUUCAUGAACGCCAUCCUGUGCCCGGAUGCUCUAACAGCAGCACUGACUCGUCAGGGAAAACUGUCUGACUGGUUACCGCGGAAACCACAGAGUGACAUGGCAGCUGGGCACUUGCUCCACAUCGACAAUGGCGACGACGGGAACGUAAGUGCCCGAGCUUCUGGUGCAUUGGUGAACUGUGCAGAGCGUGGGAGGAGUUAUUGUAUUUGACUUGGCUCGUUCCAGCUUCCCACUGAAAAACGUUUGUGUUCACAAACUGAGACAUGCGGCAUUAACGCUGCCGUUAAACCAGCUUCAGGAACGCCUCUGACCGUGUCAACACUCGACUUGAAACCUGAACGUGUUGUACUUUGGUUCAAAGACACGGGGACUGUUUUAAUGGACACAAAGGAAGGAUAGGUCUCUGAUUCCAACACUUUCACCCGGGACAAACUGUUUUCCUGUGGAGCAUCGUUGUUUUGGAUCAUUUUAGCUCCAGAAACUGUUACUCUCAUUCUAGACUCAUGCUGGGAACCUGAACGUCUCCUCCACCGAGGCCUGAAGAAGAUCAGGAUGUUUUCUUAAGAUCAAGAUGUUCAGCCUGAGAUUUUUUCCCAGACUAGUUGAAACUCGCAUCUUCUUCCUUUUUUGUGUCAUAUCAGACGUAUUUAAUCCUCCUGAGAGAAAAUGUUCAGGCUGCUCUGAACGCUCAGCUUCCAACAGCUCGUUCUACUUUUAUAACGCAUCUCUGCCCACCGACUAACUGCAGGUUUCCAGACACUGACCAAUGAGAAAACAGUGGGAUUUAGGGAGGGCUGUCUUAAAGAGACGGGAGCAUACGAGGGAUUGUUUGGAUGUGGGAGUCGUGCACAGAUAAUGAUUUGAUUACAAAAAUCUGACCACGUCAGAAACCGUCCCGACUGCGGUGACUUUACAAAGCGUGUAGGUGGAGACGAGGACGUCCAGGCUGGAGUCGACGUUGUGGCUCAUUCUCGCUCUUGGAUUCUGGGAAAUGAAGCCUCUUCCUGUCGACAGUCCUUUCCCUUCAGGUGGAAACAGACAGAGUGCUUUUGUGUCACACUAUGCUUUUAUUUUGUGAUAGACGCUGAUUCUAUUGGUGCAUAUGAUUGUUGCACUGAGAGUGCUGAUCACAGAGCUUCUCUGGAAGAGCCUCGGUGGGAACGCUGUCCAAAACCACACAGUCUUCAUCAGAUUAACUUUUCCUUUUGCAGCUGUUUGUCAUCUGACACUGAUAAACUCUGAUGUCAGCCAAUCAGCAGCCCCCCCGCAGCUGCGCUGGGAUUAAAGUGAAUGCAAAUGAUUGGGCAGAAGGGUUUUAAUGGAUUUCUUCUGAGCUGUGUUCACGUUUGAUUGGCUGAGGAAACUGUCAGUCAGCGAGCUGUGGGGGUUUUGGUUUUAAAGCUGUGAGCGUGAAACAUGACACUUCCUGCUGGUCCAAUGAUGGUCUGCCCACCCGGCGAGAUCUGAGGAACGAGCUGAAGUCGGCAGCGAAGCUGCUUCCUGCGUCCGUUACUGUGCAGAUGACUGAUGUGAAACGUUGAACUCUUCUGUGCACUGAGUAAUAAACUGGAUCACACAUUAGACUCGUGAGCCUGGCUCGGUUUACGAGGAUAUUUGUUCAAAGAUCUGGAAGGUUUUAACUUUGCAUGCAGGAAAAGUCACGUUAAUGAAACCUGCAGCAGCUGCAUCCUUGUGUUUACAAAACCUGAGUUUGUCACAUCAUCAUCAUCAGGUUUGUGUGGCGUCUUGUGUUGUGUAAGCGGCUCCUCCUGCAGAGGCACAAAAACACCUUUAUUCUUCUUAUGUAACGCUUGUCUCAUGAUGGCUGAAUAAAUCUGUCUCACCAAA